GCUGGGUGAAAGGAGCAGGAGUUGAGGGGUGAGGAGAAAGGGCCCGACCGAGAUCGGUAACUUGUGGAGAAUUCUGGGAGAAGAGUCGGAGUGACGGGACUAGAGUUGAAGGGGCGAAGGGGCAGAUGGGAUGCGGAAAAUGACUUCGGAUUAAGAGGACUAAAGCCCUACUAGAAGAUUCUAAAUGGCUUCUAAAAAGUUGGGUGCAGAUUUUCAUGGGACUUUCAGUUACCUUGAUGAUGUCCCAUUUAAGAUAGGAGACAAAUUCAAAACACCAGCUAAAGUUGGUCUACCUAUUGGCUUCUCCUUGCCUGAUUGUUUGCAGGUUGUCAGAGAAGUACAGUAUGACUUCUCCUUGGAAAAGAAAACAAUUGAGUGGGCUGAAGAUGUUAAGAAAAUUCAAGAAGCCCAGCAGGAAGCAGAGAGCAAGGCUGAGGAAGCAGAAGCUAAAGUGAAUUCUAAGAGUGGCCCAGAGGGUGACAGCAAAAUGAGCUUCUCCAAGACUCACAGUACAGCCACUAUGCCACCUCCUAUUAACCCUAUCCUUGCCAGCUUACAGCACAACAACAUCCUCACUCCGACUCGGGUCAGCAGUAGUGCCAUGAAAGAGAAAGUUCUCAGCCCACCUCACACAAAGGCCGAUUUCAAUCCUGCUGACUUUGAAUGUGAAGAAGACCCAUUUGAUAAUCUGGAGUUAAAAACUAUUGAUGAGAAGGAGGAGCUGAGAAACAUUUUGGUAGGAACCACUGGACCCAUUAUGGCUCAGUUAUUGGACAAUAACUUGCCCAGAGGCAGCUCUGGGUCUGUGUUACAGGAUGAGGAGGUCUUGGCGUCCUUGGAGCAGGCAACCCUGGACUUCAAGCCUCUUCAUAAACCCAAUGGCUUUAUAACUUUACCACAGUUAGGCAACUGUGAAAAGAUGUCGCUGUCUUCCAAAGUGUCCCUUCCUCCUAUCCCUACAGUAAGCAAUAUCAGAUCUCUGUCCUUUCCCAAACUUGACUCUGAUGACAGCAGUCAGAAGACAGUCAAGCUCGCGAGCACUUUCCAUAGCACAUCCUGCCUCCGCAGUGGCACGUUCCGAAAUUCCUUAAAGCCUUCUCCCCAAAGCAGUGCCAGUGAGAUCAAUGGGGACCAUGCUCUUGGGCUUUCAGCUUUGAACUUGGAUAGUGGCACAGAGGUGCCAACUCUGACAUCCCACAUGCCUUCCCUGUCUGUUUUGUCUCUGUGCACAGAAGAAUCAUCACCUUCAAAUGCAGGUCCCACAGUCACCCCUCCGAAUUUCUCAGUGUCACAAGUGCCCAACACACCCUGCUGUCCCCAGGCCUAUCCUGAACUUCAAGCACUGUCUCCCAGUGAGAGGCAGUGUGUAGAGACAGUGGUCAACAUGGGCUAUUCAUAUGAGUGUGUCCUGAGAGCCAUGAAGAAGAAAGGAGAAAAUAUUGAACAGAUUCUUGACUAUCUCUUUGCACAUGGACAGCUUUGUGAGAAGGGCUUUGACCCCCUUUUAGUGGAAGAGGCUCUGGAAAUGCACCAGUGUUCAGAAGAAAAGAUGAUGGAGUUUCUUCAGUUGAUGAGCAAAUUUAAGGAAAUGGGCUUUGAGCUGAAAGACAUUAAAGAAGCUUUGCUAUUACACAACAAUGACCAGGACAAUGCUUUGGAAGACCUCAUGACUCGGGCUGGAGCCAGCUGAGACCAGGCCUUGCCUGUAGGCCCUGCCACGGAACCACCCCCCCACCACCACCACCAGGCCCUGCAGAGCCCACCUGUGGGGAAGGAGAAGGGGCACACUUCCCAAUUUUCUUUUGGGGGUUAGAAGGUCAGGUGUGGAGUCUCUGCUUGCCAGUCUCUGUGAGCCUAGGUCUUGAGCUGGAGAGAAAGUAGGGAAGAUUUGGGCAUGUUAAUGCCCCAGACCCAUCCUGGCUCCUUCCAUAUUAAAUUUAUUUGUAUUUUAAGAAGUGUCCUUCCCACCUUGGCCCUCCAGAUAGACUACCUGGGUCUUUCUGGGGUCUCUGUGCCCUCAGCCAGAACCUAGCUUGGCUGCCAAGAAGAGUGGAGAGAAAAGGGGAGGGCCGGACUCAAUGCUGCUUUGAGGGUAGAAGCUUCCCCUUUUGUCUGCACUUAACUUUAAUCCAAGUGGAAGUGAAAGGUUCUUCCAGGGUUUUGUUCAUUUCCUUGCCUUUUAACAAAGUCUUAGUUAACACUGGUUCUGCAAUGUCUGUGAGGUACAGAGAAUGCACUUUUCCCAGGGGCUGAGUUUGCCUCUUCUGCCAGGCAGUCACCAUGCUUUUUUUUUUUGUCCAGACUGUUUCUUUCAGUAUGGUUUGGACCACAAUCCUCUGUUGCCCAGGGCUUCAGAGCUCCUGCUUUAGUAUACCAUUGCCAGUUUCAGUAAUCGUUGACCCCUCUUCCCAGCACAACUGAAUGGGUGAAAAAGCAGGCCACGACUUAAGUCACCGAGCACUAACACGCCCACAGUUCUCUGUGAACAGUCGCCGCCAGCCCUGCUUUAGGUUGACACAAGUAACACACCUAGGCAUAGAAAUCAUCUUUGGUUUGUUUUGUAUUAUGUUGUAUAUCAUUAAAGAUCUAAAUACAAAGGAUAUACAGUCUUCAUGAAUCUAAAAUAAUUUGCUAACUAUUUUGAUUCUUCAGAGAGAACAAAUAAAAAUUUAAAGGGUACUUCCUGCUGUAGUAUCUUCUUUAUUGUCAAGGGGUGUUUUAUGGAGCAGGGUGGAUGGGCAAGUGGAUGGUAAAGGGAUUUCCCGGGAC